AAUUAAAAAAGAGAAUUCAGGAAUUAGAGAAAGCCCAAAAAGACCAAGAAAUUUUUGUUGACUGCCCGGAAGAUAAUCCUACUGAACUCAAAACUCAAAUCACCCAAUUAGAAGAACAGAUUUUAGAAUUACGGAUUAGUAAACUCAAAGAUUUUGGAGAUUACUGGGAAAAAAAUAAAGAACUGAAAAAAGAUUUAGAAAGUAAUAUUGAUUACGGAGCAAAAGAGAUAGAAAGGUUGGAAACUAAACUCAAAACCAUUAACCGCAAAAAAUUAGAAUUAGAACAAAAAUUAGGCCAAAGUCAGAGUGAAAAAGCCCGAUUAGAAAUAAAAUUGAUAAAUGCGGAAAAUAAAGAGGAAAAUAUUACUCCUACUCCUAACUGA